UCAUGCAUGUCAUGCAUUAUGUGUGCAUGUGCACGCGGGAUUCCCACUGACGAAAAAGAAAAUAAAAGCCAAGAUUUUUUUAAUUCGUUUUAAAAUUGGACUUCUUUUCGUAUGCCGAUGACAUUUUAAUACAGUAGGGGAAAAGAGGACCUGAUAAACUUGUGUAAGUUGGACAGUCAUGGUAAUGGCCACCAACCCUCAGCCUGCGCCUUUGGCUGCACCCUCGAGUGCGCAUAGAUCUGCGGCGCCCAACACCUCAGAUGUUACUGUUAUAGGAAAUAAUGCCGUGGUCAGUCCCGAGUCCGUCGGCCGUGAGUUUGUGCGCCAGUAUUACACGUUGCUGAAUCGUGGGCCGGAGCAUUUACACAGGUUUUAUCUGAAUAACUCCUCCUUUGUGCAUGGUGGUGUGGACCCUGAUGGCAACCCAGAGGAGCCUGUCUAUGGUCAAAUGGACAUCAAUGAGAAGAUUUUGUCCCUUUGUUUCUGUGACUGUCACGCCAAGAUAAGGCAGGUGGAUAGCCAUGCCACCCUGGGAGAUGGUGUUGUGGUUCAGGUGACAGGAGAGCUGUCUAACAAUGGAGAGCCAAUGCGCCGCUUCAUGCAGACAUUCGUGCUGGCACCUCAGUCUGCUAAGAAGUACUACGUGCGCAAUGACAUCUUUCGUUACCAGGAUGAAGUCUUCAACGAUACUGAUUCUGAGCCUGAGAAUGACUUGUGUGCAAGUGCAUCUGAUGGUGAUGAUGUAGUGUCGGAGCCAGUACUUCCUGCUGAGAUCACGGUUCCAGAGCCCUCUGUAACAACCUACUAUGAGCAUCCUUCAACUGUUGUCAGUAAUGGUACUGCUCAUCUGGAGUCCCCUGAGACCACUCCAACUAAGGCUCCAGAGAGAGUAGAGGUUGGGAUUGAGAUAACAAGGGAUUCUCCAAUUAGUGAUGAGGUUGUUCAACCUCCUGCUCCUGUUAUUGAAGACCAAGAACCUGAACCUGAGGAAGAGCAACCUGAACCUGAGGAACCAGUGGACAAAGGUCCUAAAGUACCAUCAUGGGCUGAUCGAGCUAGGAGUGUGCCUACUGCCUCAUCCAGUGCACCAGCAGCUACCUAUCAGCCAAUGCAGUCACAACCAGUCCCCAUUCAGAAGCAGGCUGAACCUUCUGCCUCCGUCAAUGCUCCGGGUGUGGCUCCAAGAGGAAACACAGAACCCCUGCCCCAGAGAGAACCAAGAAGGGAUAGAGAUCGUGAACGUGAGAGACCAGGGGAGAGAGGUCGUCCUACUGGAGGGCGCAGACCAAUGGAGGGUCCAGAGCUUGGCAAUCGACCACGCGCAUCUCAGAUUCCUGACAGUCAUCAGUUAUUUGUGGGUAACCUGCCUCAGGACGUCAAUGAUGAGGAGCUGAGAGAAUUCUUUUCAGUGUAUGGUUCAGUUGUAGAGAUGCGGAUUAACAGGAGUACUGGACCAAAGCCUCUACCCUACUUUGGAUUCAUCGUCUUCGCGGAUCAUAUCCCUGUGCAGAAGAUCUUAGCUCUCAAGAGGAAAGGGCCCAUCUUGUUGCGAGGUGAACAUCGACUUAAUGUGGAGGAGAAGAAAGCUAGGGGUACAGAAGUACGCCCAAGGAACACCAGGCCAGGAAGUGGUGGCCCACCUAGGGGUGGAGCUUCUGGGAGAGGGGGUUCUCGUGGUGGAAUGGGAGGCGGAGUCAAUAAAGGAGGCGGACCUGGACGUGGCUACAACCCUCAACGUUAAUGGCAAAGGCUUUAUGUGUGUUGGUGGUAUCUAACUGACUGGACCAAAAUCAAAACACGAUGGACGAAUGAGAGGAGCAAACAACAUGAAACCAAAUAACUAACCUCACUUUCGCAUAGUUGCAUUCAGUUGCUUUUACCGUUCACUAUGCAAAGGAAUGUUUAUCUGUCCAAACUGCAUGUACAAUAUUAAUCCAUACUUGUUACGAUCUGUUUUGAUUUUGGUCCAUUGUUGGAAGGAGUAGAAUUUUGUGAUAUUGAGUAUCUACAUCAUUGUAUGCAAUUCUGAAAGCACUACUAAUUAUUACAUAAAAAGUGUUCUCGAUUUGUGUUUCUCACACUUAAAAAGAUCCAGACAAAUUGAAAAGAUGUUUAUUUUGGAAGCUUUUCUUUGAGUUUCUCUUGUGUAAUUUAUUUGGAUGAACUCCCUGACACUACAUAUCCAUGACGAUGGGUUGUACAUGUAUUACAGUGCCUUCUUUAUCAUUGACUGGAAACCUUCAAGAUUCAAUGAACAUAUUUAUACAAGAUAUUUAUACAUUCAGAGGUCACUGAUGAUUUGCAGAAAGGGACAAAACAUCGGGACAAAAGAUUGGUUGCAAGAGUUGAGUAUUUAUAAAUAGAAACAGUUGUAUCAGUUUGGGGUUCUCAUAUCAGAUGUUUUAUUCAGGUUUUUUUUAGGGAAACUUAAAAUGCAAAUUCUGAAGUAUUUGCUGAAUGUAACAUACCUUGCUUUUACUUGCUUACACUGUUUUAAUGCAAAUUAUGCGAACCACUUAUGUUCGGAGAGAGAGCAUUGUGUUUUCUCAUAUUAUUGUGCAUUCAGAAUUGCAUGCCUUAAAGUACACUUAGAACCCUAUCCUUUUCUUGAUUUUUGUUCUCUUUUUGUACAUGCUGUACUGUUUUCAGCACAGUUGUUAGAUAGUGAUAACAUAUUUUUGUUUGUUUAUUCCUGACAAAUACAUUUUUCUAGCAACAAGAGUUGUCUGCUCCUGCAGAUUUCUAAAGACAUUAUUGUUACUCUUAAGGCUUUUCAAAGGCAACGUUAAAGUAAAAACUAAAUCAGUUUCUGGCAAAUCCAAUAGUUUGAUUGGAUUUCAGAUGCACAGUGUAGUUGUUCAGGAUGAAAUCUAUAGUAGAGUGAUCGUGUCAAAUUGUCAGUAAUAUGGUUUUUUGUUUUUGUUUUUGUUUUUUCUAUUAUAAAUAUAAGACAAAGACUUUAAAAAUGCAUGUUAACUUUGUUUUUGAACUAUGACUGAGAUGGGUUGGUUUGGUUACUUGCACUAAUGUCAUAGACUAAAUGAUGCUGGAAUAAGUAGGUGGGUUAACUUUGUUUCAGAACUGUACAUUCAGCAAUUGUUAAGCAGAUACUUUCAAUCAAGCAUGCUGUCAUCGCUAUAGCAGUUUAUCUAUUAACGACGAUACAGAUCCCCUAAAAAUAAAAGUAUAUUUUUGAUGUUUUGCAUGCUACUGAAAUUAACCAAGUCAACCUUACCCAACCAACAUGUGAUGUGUGUGUGCACUGGAUAUACUUUCAGCUGUGUAGCAGCUAUAAAGUCUGUGUACAGUUGUUCAGUUUCUUAGAACCAAAAAUUGAAGUUUAUAUUAAGGUACACAAAUUGCAAGAUCAGACGGGACUUGUGUUGGGUUGUAGAUUAUACAGACGGGAUAAGAGUACAUGGACUAAAAGGGGUAACGGGGGAAGAUAUAACAAAUUCUGGUCGCUCGUAUUUCUGUAGAAGAUAUCUUUGAACUUUUCUUCAAUGAAAAGGAGCAAAUAUGUGUCAAUAGUUGUGGAAAAAUCGGAGACCCUAGUUGUUUUACAAAGCCUGUUGCUCUGUAAUUAUUUAUUAACGACGAUGAACACUAGAGAAUUGGGAAGGGCAAGAUAACAAAUGUUUGAUGUUGUAUCUUCCCCUGAAAGAUGAUUUAAAUAUUCAGCUCACACAAAGCAUUUUUAAAGUAUAUAUUUGGAAGGUUUUGUUUUUCUUCUGAUUUGUAUGCUGGCAAGGAUUUCCUUGUUCUAGAAUUAUUUUGUAAUGAUGAAGUGUAAUGUAUUUCUGGUGCUUAGAAAAUGGAUGUGAAGAAAACUGCAGGGGGAGGGUGGUGGACAAAAUAUGAGCAACGUGUUGGCUUACCUUUUUGCCUGUUAUUGGCGGUAAGGUUAGGGGAAUCUAGAAAUCAGGCAAGCCUGAAGUCGGUUGGGAUGGGGAGAGUAACUUGGGGGUUAAUUUAUGAACAUCAAGGGAUGGGGGUUUAAGACAAACCCAACGGGGUAUCAUUUUGGUUGAGUGGAACAUUUUUGCUGUGGUAGCAUCUUUGCAGUCAAAUGGUAAAUUUCAUUUUUUCUAUUUUGUGAAAGGGUGGGGUUUUGUAAGGGGCGGGGAAAUUGAAGUCAGGGGGCAAGGACAUCUACACCUUUGUUCUGUUCUUACUUUCGGCUAGAAACAAUGUUAAUAAACGGCUGGAAAUUUUAUUUGUGCACAGGGGAGCAUCGUCAGAGAGUUACACAUGACUUGAUCCCAGCGGAGGGAUUGGCUUGUUAUGGCACUAUUGUAAAGUUUGUUAAAAACACAAGAACAGGAAACAAUCAAGAUUGGUCAUGGUAAACAAACUCAUUUUGUAUGAUAAAAAAAAGUAAUUUUUUGUUGGGUAUUGAUGUGACAAUUGAACAGAAGGAAGUGAAGUUGUUACUUAAUGACUGUGUUUAUCUGGUACAGGUUAUAUACCAUGUCACACAAAUGUUGAUGGAUUUGUUAUUUAUACACCUAUUGUAGUUGCACUCUAUACCUUGAACUGUUCUACAGGUUGUAUGUGGACAUGUCUUGGGAUGUUUAUUGACUCUGUUCUCAAGAGAGUUCUUAGUUGGUGAAAGCAUGUUGCUUCAAGGAAUAGUAUCAUUGAUGACAAUCAAUCACAUGGCUGAAUUCCCAAGUUUUCAAAUGUGGUGUCAGUUAUUGACACUAGUGAGAAAAUUAAAUUAAGAACACAUUUAUUCACAAGGAAAAAACAAGUUGUAGGUGAACUAUUGGUGGUUGAUUUAAAUUACCAAGCUCUAAGGAAAGCUGUUUACAAAACUGAAAAUCACCAACGAUGGAAAAUUUCUUGAUGCUGGUCUAAGAUCUCAGAGGUAUGUCAGACAUUAGUCUGUGUUGUCACUCUACCAAAGUAACAUUUCUGUAAUUGUUUGUUUGUUUGUUGUUUGUACUGGUUUAGUAAACUGUUUAAUUUAGAAGGGGGUAAAUGCAAAGCAAGCUGCACUUAUCUGUUUGGACUGCACUCUGACAGUAGGGAAUGUUCAAAUGUCUCUCCUGUGAAAUGAAAGACCCCUUACCAUGAACAAAACAAACAGUUACUUCAACUGUAGUUCUACUUGUAUGGGUUGUUGUGAAUUACUUGUGGGUUAACAUUGCCGACUCUAGUUAACUUUGCAGCAUUCAGGAAUCAUAAUAAACAUACUGUGAAUUUUUAAUCACAUUUAUUACAAAUCGUAAGUCAACUCCAGAAAACUGUCAAACAUUUAGUGCAGCUGGCUUAGAUGAGAAAUGUAAGUUUAAAAAAAGUGUUGUUUCUUUAAUUUGAUGGUCUGUACUGCACUGGUAAAAUAGAACAGUGAAAUCCACACAAACAUCUCGUACAGCAGUGGAAAUGAUUGGUUAAGAGUUAAAUUUCAGCGAGAACACUUAUGACGACAGUGAUUGGUCAAGUGUUCAACUGCUUUAUGGCCCUAGCCAAUCAACACCACUGCUGGGUAAACAUUUUGUUAAUUAAGAUUGAUGAAUUGUUGAAGUGAUGUUUUGUCCCAUGGUUUUCGUGGCGAUAUUUAGACCAGUUGACGUUAAUGUAAUGUUGAAGCUCAAAGUUCCGAUUGGGCUCAGUCUGUAUAAGUUGUUUUUAAGAAAAUAGGGAAGAAUAAGCUAUUUAAUAAGUCUUAUUGUUUUGGUUAAAAUUUGAGAAGCACAUAAUGUCUUGGUUAGAUCCGUCUGCUGUUUUGAUCAGGGUGAAGCGUUUGCCGACAUAAUAUCGGUAUAUCACAUUUGUUAUUGUACGUUGAAAAUUUUGUUAAAAUUAUUAAAUGAACAAAAACAAAAAUAAUCUGAGAAACUGUUGGCAGCGAAAACAAGAUACUAACUUAGUUUUCCUACAUUUUCGUCAUGACAUUCCGUGCCUAAUCAUUACUGAAAAUGUAA